GCAGGGGCGGGAGCUAGCGCAGGAGGGUGAGGUUUGGUUGAGCGGUCGCAGCCGGGACUGGGGGCGCAGGUUGACGGCGGAUAUGGCUCUGCACGGCGCCCACCGGCAGCCUCCCAAGCAGAGGCUGCACGGAUCAAACCCCAACGCGAUGGACCCCAACCAGCUCUUCGACGACACCAGUGCCUCCCAGCCUGCUGGCUACACCGUCCAAGGCAUCGAAAUGGGGCUUCCGAUGAACAACUUCCUGGGCGAGCCCGUGGCCAACGUUGCCAUGGCCUAUGGCACAACGAUAGCCAGCCAAGGGAAAGAUAUGGUUCAUAAAGAGCUGCACAGGUUCGUGUCUGUCAACAAGCUGAAGUAUUUCUUCACAGUCGACACCAGAUACGUCACCCAGAAGCUGAUCCUACUGGUGUUCCCCUACACCCAUCAGAACUGGGAGCUUGGCUAUCACGCAGAAGCUCGCUUGACCCCACGAGAGGAUUACCACGCAAACGCUCCAGACCUCUACAUUCCAACCAUGGCUUUCAUUACCUACAUCCUGCUGACGGGGGUGGCCCUGGGCGUGCAAAAGAGGUUCACCCCUGAGGUGUUGGGUAUGUGCGCCAGCACCGCUCUCGUGUGGAUCAUUAUCGAGGUUCUGGCUCUUCUGCUUGCCUUCUACCUGAUUUCAGUGCACACAGAUCUCACCACCUUUGACCUUAUUGCAUACAGUGGGUACAAGUAUGUCGGGAUAAUAAUCACCAUUCUCAGUGGCUUGUUAUUUGGGCGAGAUGCGUACUAUGUUGCGUUAGCCUGGACGUCCUGCGCGAUCAUGUUCUUCUUAGUCCGCUCCCUCAGAAUGAAGGUGCUGUCCUCGUCGGGCAUGUCCGCGAACUACAGCUCCAGGAACCGGCUCAGGAUGUACGUCACCCUGGCCCUCGCCGGCUUUCAGCCCCUCAUCAUCUACUGGCUGACCGUCCACCUGGUUUGAUGGGUAGGGUGACCCUUCCUAUUCCACGGCGCGAGAUUGGACUUCUCCUCCCUGGAAGCAUUGAUGCCAGAUGUUUUAACGAUUGAAUUGUUUUUAGUUUUUCCUUGGCCAAAGGCAAUCAUAGUGUGUACUUCAGUAAGUAUCCUGACUGUGACCUCACCGUAGAGAGCCUUGUUGUAGGUGUGGACCGUCCCGUCAAUGACAACGGAGUGGGAAUUGCUGUGCCUAGGACAGGGACGGGGUAUUGUUGGUGAAUCCCGUGAAGAACCAAGGGAAUAGCAGAAGUAUCGCUGACCUCCUCCGGACUUGGUCCACGAGCUGCUCUCGGAUCAACAGCUGGAAGCCGUGGAGUGUCACCUACCUGUUAGGACACUCUUCCAGCUCCCCCAGCCACAGAUUCUUCGCCGUCGACCUGAGCCCAUUGCUUCCCGGCGAGAGGACUGGAAAACAUGACCACGCCCCUGCAUCGGCAUAUUGCACCCGGACAAUAUUGGUGCCGGUUUUCGGUCGUGAAUUUUCAAAGGCUGACAAAUACAUCUUGGUUUUAAGUCAUCUGCGUCUCAGUC